AAAGAGCCAAUGGGAUCCAGCUAGAACAGGCUGUGCCAGUGCUUCCUCUGAACAACUGGGACUCUUCACAAGGCUUUUUUAACACACUGAGGCUUAUAUCUUAAAGGAAUGAUGUUAGCACCACAGGAGCACAGGCUAAAUGCAAAUAAGAAUUUAAUUGUCCUGAACCCACUCACAGUGACAGAGGAAGACAUAAGACCAUCACUAGAGAAACGCCUAGAAGCCAUCAUCAGUGGGGCUGCACUGUUGGCUGACUCGUCCUGCACCAGAGACCUCCACCGGGAACGGAUCAUCGCUGAGUGCAAUGCCAUCCGCCAGGCUCUCCAGGACCUGCUGUCGGAGUACAUGAGUAAUACUGGAAAAACAGAAAGGAGUAAUACCCUGAACACUGCCAUCGUCAACAUGAGCAAGAAGACAAGAGACCUCCGCAGACAGCUCCGCAAGGCUAUUAUAGAUCACAUAUCAGAUUCUUUCUUGGACACAACAGUUCCACUCCUGGUCCUCAUUGAAGCCGCUAAGAAUGGCCGAGUAAAGGAAAUCAAAGACUACGCUGCCAUAUUUCACGAGCACACAGGCAGGCUGGUGGAGGUGGCAAAUCUUGCUUGUUCCAUGUCAACGAAUGAAGAUGGGAUUAAAAUCGUCAGAAUUGCAGCCAAUCACCUGGAGACCCUGUGUCCACAGAUCAUAAAUGCUGCACUUGCUUUGGCAUCAAGACCCAAGAGUCAAGUGGUCAAAAACACCAUGGAAAUGUAUAAGCGCACAUGGGAGCACUACAUUCAUGUCCUCACUGAAGCAGUGGAUGACAUCACCAGCAUUGAUGACUUCCUGGCUGUAUCUGAAAGCCACAUCCUGGAAGAUGUCAACAAAUGCAUUAUAGCCUUGAGGGAUCAGGAUGCUGACAAUUUAGACCGAGCUGCAGGUGCCAUCAGAGGACGGGCCGCGAGAGUAGCUCACAUCGUCGCGGGUGAAAUGGAUAGUUAUGAACCCGGUGCUUACACCGAAGGUGUGAUGAGAAAUGUCAACUUCCUUACAAGCACUGUGAUCCCGGAGUUUGUGACACAAGUGAAUGUUGCCCUGGAUGCUUUAAGCAAGAACUCGCUUACUGCGGUUGAUGAUAAUCAAUUUGUGGACAUCUCAAAGAAGAUCUAUGACACAAUCCAUGAUAUCAGGUGUUCAGUCAUGAUGAUCCGGACUCCAGAGGAACUAGAGGAUGUUUCUGACCUUGAAGAUGACCAUGAGGUCCGCAGUCACACCAGCAUUCAGACAGAAGGGAAAACUGACAGGGCCAAGAUGACUCAACUGCCUGAGGCAGAAAAGGAAAAGAUUGCCGAGCAGGUAGCUGACUUCAAAAAGGUGAAGAGCAAGCUGGAUGCAGAGAUUGAGAUAUGGGAUGACACAAGCAACGACAUCAUUGUCCUCGCCAAGAAGAUGUGCAUGAUCAUGAUGGAGAUGACCGACUUCACAAGGGGGAAAGGACCACUAAAGCAUACCACUGAUGUAAUCUAUGCAGCUAAAAUGAUCUCAGAGUCAGGAUCAAGGAUGGAUGUUCUCGCUCGGCAGAUUGCUAACCAGUGUCCAGAUCCACCGUGCAAACAGGACUUGCUGGCUUACCUGGAACAGAUUAAGUUCUAUUCCCACCAGCUGAAAAUCUGCAGUCAAGUGAAAGCAGAAAUCCAAAACUUGGGGGGAGAGCUUAUCGUAUCGGCUGUGAGUACUGCCUGUCACUUCCUCUGUUACACAAAAGACACUAGAAACAGAGCAAGCGUGGUGCGGCUCAAUACUUCUCUCAGAUGA